CCACUUUUCAACGCCCGACGACCUGUGACCGUUUGGUCCGUGACGACGCACAAUCAUCGUAGCGGCAGAGAACAACCUCGCCAUGUCGCCGCUGUCGCUUCGCCUGGUCGGCGCCGCCCGCGGUCGGAUGGCGCUGCGCCCGCGGACGCCGCAGUUGCGGAUGCAAUCGUCGUCGGCAUCGUCGGCAUCGUCAGCCAAGACGUCGGCCCCGCCUGCUGCCGCCCCGAAACCCACGCCGGCUGAUCCCUCGGCCCCCACGACGGCCACUGCGAGUACCGUCAAGGGUGCCUCUACGACACCCCUCUGGCGGCGCCUCGGACUCAUCACGCGCGCCGUCGAUGGGUAUGCCAACUCGCAGCGGAGGCGACCCUACACGACGCAGCUCAUCGGCGCCUUCUUUAUCUACCUCAUUGCAGACCUGAGCGCGCAGCGCAUCGGCGGGCGCGAGCAUGAUCCGGUACGGACGGGACGGACAGUUCUAAUCGGGCUUGUUGCUGCCAUUCCGCACUUCAAAUGGUUCGUGUUCCUGUCGCGCAACUUCAACUACACGUCGCGAGCGGGAUCCAUUGCGACCAAGGUGCUCGUGAACCAGGCCGUGUUCGCGCCAACGUUCAACACAUACUUUUUCGGGGCGCAGGCGCUGCUGUCGGGCGAGGACCUGGCGGCGACGGGCCAGAGGCUGCGCGAUACGCUGCCGCCGAGCCUCGUCAACUCGUUCAAGGUGUGGCCGGCGACCAUGGCUAUCGCGUUUACGUGGCUGCCAUUCGAGUUCCGCGCCAUCUUCUCGGGCUGCGUCGCCGUGGGCUGGCAGACGUACCUGAGUUACCUUAACCGGCAGGCGGAGCUGCGGGAGGGUGCACGGGCAAAGACGGAGGCAGAGGCAAAGAUGGAGGCACAGGUAGCCGCAGUAGCAUGACUUACGAUAGACCAUCCUUUCCGCUAUAUGUUCACAGCCUGCAAAUAGAUGAAUUGGCAC